AUGGACACUGAAGAGUUGGACCAACUCGUUCGCGAUAUAUCCACCAGGAUGGACGUGGGGAUUCCCGAGGUGCGCGGGCCAGUGGAUGGGCUAUCUCAUCGAGUCUAUGAGCUGAAAUAUUCAAGCGGCGAGGCUUGGAGUUUAAGAAUUCCCAAGACUGAGGUGGCAGCUUCCAUCAGCAAGAGGGGACUUGCGGUUCUUGAUCACCUCAAAAAAGUGCAGCCAACACUCUGGGUUCCUAGGCCGAUUUACGACUCUGAAACAUACAGCUUGUUGAGUUUUCUAGACGGGGACACACUGGGCGCUUGGGAUUCAUUCAAGUUGACGGAUAAGCGGCGUCAACAGCUUCUGAAUAGCCUCGCAACGUUCUUGUUGGACUUGUGGUUGUCGCCCGUUCCCCAGUCAGGAUGGUGUAUCUGGGUUGGCUUCAGAACGGCGUGGCUUGGACGGUUUUUGCAUCACUGA